GUCGGAAGGUGAAGAGGUGGCACCUUCGGGUGGCGGGGGGAAGGGUGUAGAUGUGGCGACACCGGAAGUGGCUACGGCGUGGCGAUGGUGAUGGCGGUGGAGGUGCCGGGACCCGUCAGUCGGGGAAGAUGGACGAACAAGGAGCGAGUUCUGAUCUUUUCCUCACGGGGGAUUAGCUACCGGACACGACACCUAAUGCAGGACUUGCGCACUCUGAUGCCUCAUGCUAAACCAGACACCAAAAUGGAUCGCAAAGACAAGCUGUUUGUCAUAAAUGAGAUCUGUGAAAUGAAGAACUGUAACAAAUGCAUCUACUUCGAAGCCAAGAAGAAGCAGGACCUCUACAUGUGGGUGUCCAAUGUCCCCCACGGCCCCUCGGCCAAGUUCCUGGUGCAGAACGUACACACCCUGGCUGAGCUGAAGAUGACGGGGAACUGUCUCCGGGGGUCCAGGCCCCUCCUCUCCUUCGAUCCGAUGUUUGAUCAGGAGCCUCAUUACCAGUUGUUGAAAGAGCUGUUCAUCCAGACCUUCUCCACGCCUCGCUACCACCCGCGGAGCCAACCAUUCGUUGACCACGUCUUCACCUUUACUGUCACCGACGGCCGCAUCUGGUUCCGCAACUACCAGAUUAUCGAGGAGGACGGCUCUCUGGUGGAGAUUGGACCUCGGUUUGUUCUGAACCUCAUUAAGAUUUUCCGCGGCAGUUUUGGGGGUCAAACGCUGUACGAAAAUCCAAAGUACUGCUCUCCAAAUGUGCACCGGAGGAUGCUGCGAGCAGAGGCGGCCGGUCGCUUUGCCGAGAGACAGAACAUGAAGGAGCUGCAGCGAUUUCGGCGACAGGAACAGCUGGUGACCCUACCUGAGGACCCCACCCAUGCAGUGUUUGACACUCCUGCCCCACAGAAACUGCCCCAGGUCCAGCAGGCACCUCCCCAGACCGCACACAGCGCCAGAUCCCAGAAGAAACUCUACAAACGCCAGCGGCUCAGGCUACAGAAAUAGUAGACUAUGGGGAGGGGCUGUCUACAUCCUCAUUUCUUCCCUCCCUCACGCACCCCUGCCCCUCUUUUUGCCCGCACUGGACAAGGAAGAUGUUUACCCUCUUCACCCUCCUCUUCCCCUAAUCCUCCCUUCUCUGCCCUUCUCUCAGCCAGAAGAAACUACAAAUGCCAGCAGCAGUGGUCGACUAUCUUCCCCCACCUCUCCUAUCCUAACCAGGGAAGGGUUUGUUUGCUGGGAGGGGACCCUUCGCUUUGCUCCAGCUGCAGUCACCGGACACUGCAUCUCACUGCUCUCAGGAAGGUGGGAGGGGUCCGUGUAGUGUGGUGUGUCUGUCCAUCCCCAGGAAGGGUCAGUGUAGAGUGGUGUGUCUGUCCAUCCCCAGGGAGGGUCGGUGUAGAGUGGUGUGUCUGUCCAUCCCCAGGGAGGGUCAGUGUAGAGUGGUGUGUCUGUCCAUCCCCAGGGAGGGUCAGUGUAGAGUGAUGUGUCUGUCCAUCCCCAGGGAGGGUCAGUGUAGAGUGAUGUGUCUGUCCAUCCCCAGGGAGGGGUCCGUGUAGAGUGGUGUGUCUGUCCAUCCCCAGGGAGGGUCGGUGUAGAGUGAUGUGUCUGUCCAUCCCCAGGGAGGGGUCCGUGUAGAGUGGUGUGUCUGUCCAUCCCCAGGGAGGGGUCCGUGUAGAGUGAUGUGUCUGUCCAUCCCCAGGGAGGGGUCCGUGUAGAGUGAUGUGUCUGUCCAUCCCCAGUGAGGGUCAGUGUAGAGUGGUGUGUCUGUCCAUCCCCAGGGAGGGUCGGUGUAGAGUGGUGUGUCUGUCCAUCCCCAGGGAGGGGUCCGUGUAGAGUGGUGUGUCUGUCCAUCCCCAGGGAGGGGUCCGUGUAGAGUGGUGUGUCUGUCCAUCCCCAGGGAGGGGUCCGUGUAGAGUGAUGUGUCUGUCCAUCCCCAGUGAGGGUCAGUGUAGAGUGGUGUGUCUGUCCAUCCCCAGUGAGGGGUCCGUGUAGAGUGGUGUGUCUGCUGAUCCCGGGGGAUGGGAUGUUGCUCUCGGAGGGUGACGAGGGAGGGGUUGGUGCUGAGUUGUGAAUGUCUGCUGAUCCUGAAGGAGGGGAAGUUGUUCUCAGAGGGUAACGAGGGUGAGGUCUGUCAUGAGUGGUGUCUGUCUGCCGAUCCUGUGGGAUGUUCUCAGAGGUUGGGUUAUUUUAUAUGACAACAUAAUAAAUGUUUGUUUCCAACUCCA